AUGCUCCCUGCCUUGCUCAGCGGCAACCUUUGCUCCCUUCGAGGCGAGGAAGAACGGUAAAAAUGGGAUAAAGGCUAAAAAAAUAACUUUAAAGAAAAAAAGGGGUUUUUAAAAUUCAAAAAAAGUUCUUUUUGUAGAGGUUUUUCAGAGCUUUUCACUCGAAAAAAAUGGUAAAAUUCCAAAUUUUUAGAAUAUCGGAUUAGUUUUAUUUUGAUCUCAUGCCAAAAAGGUAGACACAAAAAUUUAUUUUUUUCAGAUUUUUGUAUUCAUUUUUUUGUGUUUUUCAUCAUGAGGAUUGCUAAAAAUUUUUGACAUGAAUAUAUUUUUCGAUGAUUUUUUUCCAAACUUUUUUUGAUAUGAAAAUCAUUUUGUUCUACCUACAGUACUAUCACAGCUUUGGGUGAAUUUUUAGUUUUUGUUUUUUGGGAUUCUUAAGAUUUUUUUGAAGUUUAUCCACCAAGAAAAAUUGUGACUUUUGAAAGAUUUUGAAAAAGGAAGUUGAAAAAUUGGAAGGAAAAAGUUCUGUAGUACAAAAUGGUGUUCGGUCUCGUUUUUCACUGACCGAAAAAGGCCUUCAAUAGAAAAAUCAGAAAUUCACAAAUGAAUUUUCAAGUUAUGCCUUCUCGUGCAUCUGGACAAUGACCUCGAAUGCGGACAUCCAAAGCGUGAAAUAUCACAAAUCGCUUAUCAAAUCCAAGGCGGCGCUCACUUAUGAACGGGCCCAGGAGAUCAUCGACGAUAGCAGCCAGGUGAGGAUUGGGGAAACUUUUGUAGAACUGGCUAGACUCACAAGUGGAAUUUUGACAAUCAGCUCGCUCCAAGCGGCGGCCGAAGCUGUUGAAAAAAACUAUGUCUCUUAUAAAUUUAAAUAAUGCAUUUCUUUGUGCUCAGAUUUAAAGAUCAAAGGGAAAAGUUCUAGCGACCUUAGAUCCAAAAAUUGGCCUGUUUGAAUAAUUUUUCAAUAAGCGGUGAGAGUUGAAAAUUAAAGAAUAGCUAAAUAUUCGGUCUUUUUUGCUCCUGAAAAAGAAAGUGAAAGUGAAAGCGAGAAACAACGGUGGCCUGAAGAGACACCAAGGAAGUCGGAGUUUCUUUCUCCCUCCGGAGUCUCUUCGGAGCUCCUCUAGCCUUUUGCGUCAGCUUUUCAGCUCCAAAAUACCUUUGAAGACAUCUGUAACUUCGCUCUUGGGUUUUCAGCCUUUUUUGACAUUUUAUCUAUUUCGAACCUCUAUACUAGACCAAUCUUUAGCUUGUUGAAAUGCGUUUUGAAUAAUGUUUUCACAACAAAUCCAUGCAAAAAAUGUUGAUAAUUCAGAAAGGAGAUGUCGCAGAAAGCCUCCGGGGCCUCAUGAAACUCUCAAAAGUCCUGAACAGUCGGCGACUUGGAAACGGAGCCCUGACCCUGGCUUCGUCGGAAGUUCGGUUCGAUAUGGAUUGGGAGACGAAAACGCCCAAAGUUUCAGCUAAUAUCCAUCCGAUUUUUAACGUUUUCUGUUCAGAAAGUCAUGGAAAAGGCCCAUUUGGACACGCAUUCCAUGGUCGAAGAGUUCAUGUUGUUGGCGAAUAUUUCAGUGGCGGAAAAGGUAGUUUAUCGAAAUUUCAAGGAUUAGAUCUUUAAACUGUUCACUUUGAAUGUUUCAUUGAAUUCAUAACUUUCUGGAAAAUUAUGGUUAUGUAGACUUAAAGAAGAGAAAAGAUACGAAAAAGCACUUUUUCAUCACAACUUCUUUUUUAUGACUUUUAACCUUUUAGAACUUUCUGGAAUUUGUAACACUCUGAUAAAAUUUCAGAGUAAAGAAAAAAAAAACUUAGCGAUAGAUUUAGAUAGAUUGAGAUCCGCAUAAUGAAGUUGUGAGCAAAAAAAUUUUUUUUCGUUUCUUUUUCUUUUCACUCGAAAUUUGAACCAGACUCCUUCCUCGGACAUUGGUAACGCGAAACGGACGUGCUCCAGACGUUUCUGGGCAUUUCUAGGGACCAUUUAAGAGUUCUGAAGCUACUAAAGUGGUCACUAGAAAUGUCCAGAAACGUCCGGUGCACGUUACCAAUGUCCGAGUCAAGUCUGGCGAAUUAGUCCUUUUCUCAAAUUUGAAAAUUUAGCUUUUAACAUACAUGAUAAGAUCAUUUUUGAAGGUCGCCAUAACCUUCUUUUUAGUGUGUCUAUGUUAAAGUCAGUAUUACCUCCCCAAAAAUCCAUUUUAUUUUCCCGCCGGAAACUUCCAGAAGUUAAAACUGAUUUUUAUGCAUUUUUUUCCAUGUUUUUCUAAACCGACCCAUUUUUCUAAAGCCCUUCAGAUAUGCAUGUUUGAAUUUGAAUAUCAAUUUUCAGAUCCUUUCUGAAUAUCCUGACUGUGCGUUGCUCCGACGGCAUCCGAUUCCACUCAAGGAAAGCUACAAACCCUUGGUUGAGGUACACAUUUACAAAUUUAUCCAGUCAUCAGAGAAUAUUCCUUGCUGUAUCAUGGGAUACUUGAAAAGUUGUUUGUCGGCUCGCGAAGCUGUCGUUGAUCAAGAACAGCGUCUCGAACUUUUUGAGAUAGUAGUCAGCUUCAUCUCCAUGUAGGAGCAGUAUGACGCCUAGCUCGUCUAAUGCUGGCAGGCGUUGAGUUAAUCUGAAGCGAGAGCAGAAAUGAAUACCGACCAUUCGGGAGGUGAAAAUGUGAUAAUGAGAAGUGGUAUGAGCUCGGAAAAUGAGCUUUCAUAAAAAUUUUUCUCCUCGAGAGUUCAGGUAGAAAACUGAGUACAUAAUCAGAUUAUUUUUGGUAGUUUGAGCGAUUUCCGGCGAGAGAAAAGCAAGGAAAACAUGGCUUUAAGAGCCUUGCACGAUUUUGGGGCUUGGUAAUAGUUAAAAUUGAAAAUUUUCUACCUCUAGGGCUCAAGGAUCGAAAUUUCAUUACUUUUCUGAGAAAUCUCAACAAUUUUUAUCUUCUUGCUCGUUUUAAUGCCUUUCACGGCUAAGAAAUCAUCUUCCGAAUGCGAAUUCCUCUUUUCAAAAUUCUCUUGUGAACCCAUCAUUUAAAUUUAUUAAGAACUGUUCAUUCUUUUCCGUCUUUUCCAUGCUCCCUGGGCCAUUUGAAAUGCCAUCGAAACCCUCAUUUGAUCGGAUUUUACCAGUCACUCAAGACAAAGUCGAUUAACACACGUGUAGGCGAGAAAGAAGAAGAAAGCUUUUUCCUCGGACCUCACUCGAUUAGGCUUUUUGGCCCGGCCUGGGUUAAUUCACAAGACCCGUUGAACCGGAAGAAAUGUAUCAAUUUGCGAGGAAAAUUGUAUUUUGCGCGAAAAGAACCAUUUUUUCCUUCGCUUCUAUUUGUUAGCAAUCUUUGACGGCGCGCACACAAGGGGAAUCAGAAAUCGAGGCCUUCUUUUCAUCCUCGCCGAUGACUUUUUUCGAUGAUUCGAGAACCGAGAUGUUUCUCACCGGAAAUUGGAGUUUUUGAGUGAAAAGUAUUGGUGGAAAUGCGUCAUUUUGUGUUAUAAGUCAGGGUAAAUAGACUUUUUUUUACCUCUACAGUAUCUUUCCAUUUGGGGACUGUAAAAGUAAGGUUAAUCUGAGAAAAAAGGGAAAUUCGUGGACAGUUUUUUGAUAAGGGUGAUGGGAAGUAUGAGUAGUUUUGUGAAGUCGAUUUUUUUUUCCCCUUAAAAGCAAGAUUUUUCCCACUUUUUUGGGUUUUUUUUGCUCUUACAGUUUUACAGACAAGAAAGACGAUGUAUACUGGAAAGAGUACUAGUAUGAAGAUCCCAAGACGAUAAAUUAGGCAUUAUUUUUAUUAUUUCUUCGACCAUAGUUCCCCCAGUUGAAUCGAAAUCCGACGCCUUUCCGGCUAGGCUACGCAAAGAUUUUGAGAAUCCCUUGAAAAUCCGUUCCGUUUCGGCUUACGUUUCCCCUUAUAUAUAAAUUUUCACGAUCAUUUGCAACAUUGUUGUUUGGCCCUGAGGGUCAGUCGGAAACGCAUCCGACGACAAUGGGAUUACGGUGGUCGGUCAUCGGAACGAACGGCGGUUGUUGCCGGGUAAACGGCGGCUGAUCCUGCCCCCCGCCCAUGAUUGCAGCCGAGGAUAGUUCUGGCCUCUGUACCGCCCGUAAUUAUUCCAAUUAAUUGCGUGCAAGCGGCAUACCUGCCACCGCCGUGUCCACACGGAGCAUCGUUGUCGUAAAAAACCAUGGCGGCUCAUUUGCAUUACAAGCUGUAAACGUGGGAAAGUCUGGUUGAUUGCUGGGAAUUUCAUAAUACAUAAAAAGCCAGAAAACAAUUUUCAGCUAAACUACGUAUCUCUAAAAAUUUUACUUUACUUCAAGACUUCUUUUAACAUUGCCGAAAAGACGGUGAACUUUGAAAAAAAAAACAAAGAAUGAAGUUGAUUAAAAUGUAUCAAUGAUCCCUAAAGUUGUUCUUGUAAAAUCUCAACCCAAAAAAAUUACAUUUUUUUCAAGAAUAUUAACUUCAAAUAUCCAUUUUCUUACUUAAUACCCGAAAAAAAUUUUUGAGACUAUACUAGUAAAAAAAAGGCGCUCGAGCUGACCGGGAAAUGAAAACUUGUAGAAAAAGUAUUCAGAAUUUUUCGAGAAAGGAGUGAAAUGAUAAUUUAAAUUUUCUGUAGUUUUUAUCUUUGAAGUCGCGGAAACUGAAACCUUUUUUAAACAAACACCUCGUCAGAAAAAAAUCUCAAGUUGAUUUUUGUUUCUUAAUAAGUCUUAUCAAUUCAAUAAAUGAGUUUGUCAAGUCCCCUCGCAAUCAAAUCAACCAGUUGGUGCAUGCAACAUGGACGAUUUUUUGGCGCAAACAUUGGGCCGGACAUCGCUCAUCGUCAACUCGGUUGACAAGUUGUCCUCCAGGCCUCCGCGCAAUAUAAUAACCAGACGGAAACGACGAGGCGCAAAUUCAAUGCGCCAAUUGACAACCGGCUGAUGCAUUAAUUACCUGUGUAAGCGAUGGGAUGGGUCAUGUUCGGAGCCCAAUGUUGCCUUUUUUAGACUUUCUAAAGACUGAGAAAGUUCAAAAGAUCACUGUAGUUUUUGAUCAUUGGGUCCUGGAACGAUUGAAGAGCAAAAUAUUGUGAAUUUUUAUGAAGUCUUUGUGGAGAUUUUAAUUAUGAGCUAGGGCUUAAAAAAACGUUUAAAGGAUAAUGGAAGUUUUUGAUAAAUAGGUCCUGGAACGAUGGACGAGCAAAAAAUGAGAGUUUGGGUGAAUCCUUUUUGGAGAUUCUAAUUAAUGAGCUUGGGCUCAAAAAGAUAAAAGGCGAAAAUUAGAGAGUUUAAGUAAAAGCCUUUUUUUUCUAGGAAUUAUUGUGAUUUAGCUAUACCUUCGAGCCUUUCAAAACGUUCAAAAGUUGCCAAACAGUGAGCAAAAUAUUUGCUGAUGCUACUAAAGUGGUCACUAUAAAUGCCCCGAAACGUCCGAUUCGUGUUACCAAGGUUCAGGGGAGAAAGCAGUUUUUUUUAAAGUUUUUGCUUACAGUUUCCAGAAGUUCAGUGACAGUAAUACCCUCUCUAACUUUUCCAGGCAGCUCGGCAUCGUGGUUUCGAAGUAAGCGUCGAGAGCGGGAAAGCGCUGGCGGACAGUCUCGAUCGGUGCAAAGAUGAGACGAAUCCGAUGCUGAAUCGACUUCUUCGGAUGCUCACGACGAGGUGCAUGACCCAGGCCGUCUACUUCAGCGCUGGUGUGUUUUUUUGUGAAGCUGAAAAGUUGGUUUAAAUUGAAAAUUAGGUUUUGACAUACCCAACUAGUCUUUGUAGUUGUUUUCUAGGAGAAUCCCUGGUUCAAAUUUAAUUAGAAAAAAUGUGUCCUUUCCAAAAAUGGGUACUCUAGAAAGGUUCGGAUACCAAAAAAUCAAUAUUUAUAUUUUUAAAAGUUUGGCAAAGAGCUCUAUCUCUAUGGAAGCGAGAGAUCAGUGUGGCCGGAAGAGGGACCAGAGAAAGAGAAUUCUUCUAUUUCUCUUUCGUCUCUUCAGACGGCUGUUGAUCUCUCGUUUUUCUUUUUUCAAACUCCAGUUUUUUUCUUCUCCCACUUCUUCAGUAAACAAACAAAACUUCAAUUUCAAAUACCUUGACAAAAAAAAAACUUUAUUUUUUGUCGCGUAAAAGUUCUGAAAAAGAACUCGAAAACCCCAGUAUAUUCCUGAUUUUGCUUCUUUUUUUUUUGUCAAUAUCACGCCCGGUUUUCUCUUUUUUUUCUGCAACUCAACGCGUCGCUUUUUCUUUUGUUGAACGAGAAGGGCGCCGAUUUGUAUGACUCUGCGGAUCUUCUCCUUGUGUCGAACGCAGGCGACCGUAACCGACCCUACGACCAUGUCUUCUUGUCUUUUUGACUUGUUCUCGUCGCGCCGACUCUACAGUACACCCUUCUUUUUCUUUUUUGUUCAAAACGAGUUUUUUUUUUGGGUUUGAAAAAUGAAGAAAAAUAGCCGUAUUGGAAUGAUCUCUUGCGCUCUGAAGAUAAAAAAUGGGCUCGAGCAAAAUUUUGAAGUUCAUUUCCAGGCUGAGAAAAAAUCAGUCAGGGCUGAAACUUGCGCCCUAUAGAUAAUUAGAGAUGAGUCGAGGAAAUUAUGCAAAAGCAGGCUGAUUUCCAGUAUUUUUACUGAUGAAGCAAAAAAUAAAAUGAAUGAGAAAAAGAGCCCUAAUUGUUUGAACUUGUUAGCUCUAACGAUAAUCGGAAUUUUUGGAUUUUUACAAUAAACUGUAGAACCGGGGCUCAGAGAUCUAAAUUUGAAGGGCCACAUCGAGGCUAUUUUCGAACAGCUCCCCAAGGGAUGCCCGCAUUUGGAAUGGCUCUAGAGUAAUUUUUAAAAAAAACUGAACAAGAAACUUUUUGCUUCAAGAUAGAAACAGUCAUGAGGCUCGUGAAAUGUUCAUAACAGCGUUGAGACCAUCUCCGAACGAAACUUUACAAAAAAGGCCGCAUUUGGAAUGGCUCAAUUUGGAAGGGCUUGUCAGGUAGAAAAAAUGAGAAUUUAUCUUCUUUUUGAUAGAAAAAAUAAUGAGGUUUUAUGAAAUGUGCCUUAAGGCUAUUUUUAGCCAAUCUUCGAGAAAAGUCUGCAUUUGGAAUGGAUCUUGUGGGUAGAAUGUUUGUCCUAAAAUCUGUAUGAUAAAAAAAAUGGGAUAUGAAAAUCUGGCCAUCCAGCCGCGUUGAGGCUGUUUCUGAGCAAACCUCUGAGAAAAAGCUGCAUUUAUUUAUAAGGACUCUCCAGGUACGAUACCCGUUCCACAGUACCAACAUUUCGGACUGGCCUGCGCCAUCUACACGCAUUUCACGUCUCCGAUCCGUCGCUACGCCGACGUCGUCGUCCAUCGUCUUCUGGCCGCCGCGAUCGGAGCCGACGAUAUCGGCGCCGGACUUUUGUCCCAGGCCAAAGUCCAAAAACUCUGCGCCAAUAUAAACUAUCGGUGAGCACGAAAAAAAAAAUCGAAACAUCUUUGAAAAAAAAUUUUCGCUUGUUAGCUCACCUUGAGGCUGACUUUUUUGAAAUAGUGUGAGAAAAAAUAUUUUUACCCAAGGAAGGCUUCGAAAUAAGUAGGUGAAACGGAACUUCAGAAGAAAAAUCGAUACUCUACAGUGAUUUUUGUCUUAAUUUUUUCAAAAGGUUUUUUGACAACAUUGCUGUUUCAACCGUCUCAAGACCUUUUUUUCAAUGGCUCAAGCCAGCCUUCAGUCGCCUAUAUUUUUUUAUUGAAAAAAAGAAAUUUCAAUCAUGUCCUGAUAUUUUUUUCAAAAUCAGAAUGAUUCUCAUUUUUUUUUUUCGAGUACUUCGCGAGAGAAAAAUAGCGAUUUCAAAAGAAAAUCUCAUUUUUUACUAUUCCUUUUAAGCCACAAGCAAGCACAAUACGCCGGCCGGGCCUCGGUCCAACUCAACGUGGUGCGGUACUUCCGCGGGCGUCAGGAAACCUGCGAGGGAUUCGUUUUGGGCGUCCGCAGCAAUGGCAUUCAGGUUGUUUUUUCUUGCCCGCCGGAAGAAUGAGAUAAAAAAAAACCACAAGGCAUUGCUUGUUUUACGUGUCAUUGCGUUUAGGGUAGGUUUAGGUUGUCCUUCGCUUUUUUCUUUGGAGAAAUAUUUUUCAGAAGUUUUUCAUUAGUAAGAAGAUAGUAGGCUUUCAAGUGGACAAAUUGAUUUUUUGAUUUUUCUUUCUUUUUCAUGGGUUUAUAUAGGAAGAAGAAUAUGAAAUUGACAAAAACAUUAGCUUUCAAAUCUUUAGGCUUUUUUUCUCGAUAUAAUCUGAAUGUUUGAGACCUAUAAGAACAGUUUCAGAAUCCGGAUUCUGAGAAAAAAAUAAUAAAAAAAUUUCCAAAAAAAUAAAUGUUUCUGAAAAACUUUUCGCUGACUUAUCAUGUAUCAACUUUACAAGGGUGAAAAAAACACGCAAAAAUUCAACUUUUUGUAAAAAAAUUUAUCUUCAAAGCUAAAGUUUUUAACUCCAUUUCGAUAGUCAACUUUUGUUCAGUACCUAUUCAAAUUUUUCCACAGUUUCACCCUGAACUCUCAGGUCUUUGUCCCGAAAUACGGACUCGAAUCGAUAAUCGUCCUGCAAACGAGUGCCGAGACGACGAUUGACGUCGAGGAGCUGUGUGUCAGAUCCGGUGACGUCACCGUCCGCGAAUUUGGUACCUUUUUCUGUAUAAUAAGGUUCAAGAUGUAAUUUCGAAAUAUAUACAUAGCAAAACAUUAUAGCGGUCUUAGAACCUUAUCGGAAACGGAAAACAGUGCGCUUUACGUUUCACACGAGUUUAAAAAAGACAUAAAGUUUUAGAUCUUCAGUUUUGCAGAAAGCUGAUGCCGUGUUCAAAGUAAUUUCGCGAAAUGCAAAAUGAUCUCUGACUCUCCAAAAUUUAGUUAUAUUUUUCUUUCUCUGACGGCUAUUUUGCAUUUCGCGAAUUUACUUUGAACACGGCAUGAGAUAAAGCUGAGAUAACCCUUUUUCAAGUGAUUUUAACUGUCUUGAAGCAUCACGGUCGCGUUGCGGUUGGAUUUAAUUAUGAAAUCGACUUGACACUAAGUCGUUUGAUGCACAACUCGCAGGCGCAAGUAGUUUUCGGUCCGAACCGUUUCAAAUCAGCUUUUAUUUUAGUUUGGGGUCGCAAAUUUCUAUAUUUCCGAACUAGGUCUUCAGAGGGGAACAGAUCAAAAGAAGUAUUUUUUUUCCAAAUCAUAAAUGAAAAUAGUUCGUCCAGCGCGAUUUGACAGUUUUCGAGUGUCUGCGUCUCUCUGUUCCCUCACCGGCGAGGUCUGAGAAACCCGAAAAUAGCGCGUAAGCAAUCGAGAGACGAGGAGAGCGCAGAGAAGUCCCGAAAAAAACGGACUAUAAUUUCAUAAUUCCAACUCUUAUUUCUCUCAAAUCUAAUUUAUAAUCCUCAGACCGCGUAAAGGUCCGAAUCUACGUGAACGAGAAAAAUCAGCAACGGCCCCGGGUGGAACUGAACCUCGUGAAACCCGCGAUUCCUGGACUCAGCGUCGAUUUCGACCUUUCCUCUUCCGAAGGCCUCGGUAUUUGA